UGCUGCUACUGGGGGGUGGGGGGUACCAGGAUGCAGAGAUAAAGCUGCUUUGGACAGACUGCCGGGUGGAAGAGUUCCUUCUGGAAGUGGCCCUGUCUCUCGGGCAGAUGUGCUAAGGAAAUCCUCGGGCUGGACAGGCUGGGAGAUUGCCAGAAGCCAAGGCUUUGCAGCGCCUUAACCACAGCGCUUCCUCUCCUGGGAGAGCUCAGGACUCUUCCUACCAGGCCCUGGCUCGGACAGAAUGAAAGGUCUCCGCUGGCGUUACACUCGGCUGCCCAGCCAGGUGGAGGAUGCUCUGUCUGUGGAGGAGGGUGAGGAGGAGGAAGAGGAGACAGCCCCAGCCCCAGCCCCGGUCUCAGCUCCGGCUCCUGAAGAUCCGGUGGAGCCCCAGCUGGCAGAAGCCAGCCAGGUCCUAGGAGCCUCGGAGAUUAGGCAGCUCAGCCUCCACCUCCCCGCCAGAGUCUUGGGACAUCCCUGGAGCCUGGCCUUCUGCACAUCGAGAGAUGGCUUCAGCCUGCGGAGCCUGUACAGGCAGAUGGAAGGCCACAGUGGGCCGGUGCUGCUGGUGCUGAGGGACCAGGAUGGGCAGACACCAAUAUCAAGGAACUUCCACCUCAAGGCCACGGAGCUCACGUCUUCAAGAUGGAGCUCCUUCCUUAGCAGAAUGCCACUGACCGUGGAGAUGUUUGGAGCCUUCUCUUCCUCCGCCAUUCGACUCAGCAAAGGCUUCUAUGGUACCGGCGAGACCUUCCUCUUCUCCUUCUCCCCACAGCUAAAGGUCUUUAAGUGGACAGGAAGCAACUCUUUCUUUGUGAAAGGAGACUUGGAUUCACUGAUGAUGGGCAGCAGCAGUGGCCAGUUUGGGCUGUGGUUGGAUGGAGACUUGUACCGUGGGGGAAGCCACCCUUGUGCAACUUUCAAUAAUGAGGUACUGGCCCGACAAGAGCAGUUCUGCAUCAAGGAGCUGGAGGCCUGGGUCCUGAGCUGAAGACCCCGUGGGGGGCAGCUUCCUGAAGCAACAAAUGCUCAGACCUGCUCAUGAAUGCCUUCUGGAUCCUUCUUAGAGAGGGCUGCCCAUUUUCUCAGAAACCUGGAUGACUAUGGCUAUGACCAGACCUCCUCACGGCCUGGGGACCCGAGACAGUCCUGCAAGCAAGCUAUGUUCUCCGGUAGAGGUGACUGAAGGAGUAAAAGGGACUCACACCUCAUCUGAGCUGCACAAAGAGCCUCAUGAAAUUUCUUUUUAUUUAUUUAUUUUUUAAAGUAGGCUCCACGCCCAGCAUGGGGUUCAACCUCAUGACCC